UUCAUGCAUACCCAGUAUGUUAUUUCAUUUCACUUCAAUUGUAAUGCUGCAGAGCACUCGGUGAUAUGAGAACGCCCUCCAAAAAAAAUAAAACUUUUGUCGGUUGAGAUUAAUUUUAGUUGAUCAGCGACUGCUCCAGAAGGUUCUCUUCGGGCCCUCGAAGCGCAAAGCUUGUAUCGGAAACGCAAGCGCAAACGACUUCGGAAGCAGAGUUACUCGUAUUCUAUCCCCGGAAAUAAUGGGCAUCGGAACCAAGCUCUGGCCGACUGUGGGAGCAGUGGUUUUCCUAAUCGGAAGCGUGGCAGUCGGCGAGAUUCUCAAGUGCUACCAGUGCAACGAGGCGGACCAGACGUGCGGCGGCCCGCAAAAGCCCCUCGGACACAUUGGAGAGUGCCCCCACUCAACCAUGUGCACGAAAACCGUAUUAACCAUGAGCCUACUGGAGGGAAACCAGUGGAUCAAGACGAUGCGGGGAUGUGCCCAGCAACUGAGCACCACACACGUCUUCGUCAACAAGUCGUGGGAGGAGAAGUCCGUCGUGGAGGAGCCGUACGAAGAGGGCUGCAUCGAGGAGAAGGUGAACUUCAGGAACACCGUUCUGCUCUGCCACUGCCGCGGACACUUGUGCAACGCAUCGAGCAGUCCCGCGCUUGACGGCCGAAUGCUGCCGCUGAUCCUCAUAGGCUUCAUCUGGUACUGGAGCUAUAGGAAAUUACACAUGUGAUCGCCUACUAGUCGGGGGCACUUUUUGGGAGUGCCCGUGUUGAUACUUCCUGCUCUCUAAGCCGACUCAAAUUGUUUGAAAUUAGUUUUAAGCAGAUUAAAGAUUUAUGUGCGACACUUUCCGGAGGAGAGAUGCCUCGUCAAUGAAAUAAAACACA